AUGCAUGCGGGUAGGAUGCCGGUAGCUCUGCUGUGGCAAUGCAUCCUGUCGGUUGCGAUGGUCGGGACGUAUGCGAGCCGAUGGAUACCGCGCGAAGCAGAGGAUCGUAUUCUCGCACACCAGCGCCGGCUCGACUCGUCGUGGAACACUUCGUUCGUCGGGUUCGACGGGCUCCAGUCGCCCCAACACGCAGGACACAUCAACGUGGACAUCGCGAACGGCGGCAACGUUUUCUACUGGCACUUUGCCGCCGACCCCGACGACGCGUCCGAGUCGGCGGCAACGCUACCUCUCGUGAUCUGGUUGCAAGGUGGUCCCGGUUGUUCCAGCCUCAUCGGUCUCUUCGUCGAAUGCGGGCCGUUCCGACUCCAUGAAGAUGGAUCGAUGACAGCGAAUCCCCACGGGUGGCACAAGGCCGCCAACGUUGUGUUUGUCGAUCAGCCCGUUGGGACUGGGAUGUCGACGGUCAACCCUGAUGCAUAUCCGUCGUCUGGUGCGCAAGUUGCGGCGCAGUUCUACCUCUUUCUCGUGGGUUUUCUGCAGCGCCAUCCUCAGUACGUCACCGGCACGUCGACGCGACCGAUCUAUCUCUUUGGCGAGUCCCAUGCUGGCCGGUGGAUUCCUCAAUUCUACUCGUAUAUCGCAGCGCAGAACGCACAGCACGCGCCGCCGUCCGUUCACAUCCGCAUCGACGGUGUCGGCAUCGGAAACGGAUGGAUUCAUCCACGCAUUCAGUACGACUACAGCGCGUUUGCGCAUGGAUUAGGGUUGAUCUCGCGCGCGCAGCGGCGCGCGCUGGAGCUCGAGUACAUUCAGUGCCAGGCCGCGAUCGACGCAGGCGACAUGAACACUCCCGCGUGCUUCCGCAACCUCGACACGAUCCUCACGAGCGUCCAAGGGUCGACCAGCGGCGCGCCAUCUUCUGGACUCAACGUGUACGACGUGCGGCUGUACGGCAGCGUCGCGCAUUAUCCGCUGCAGAAGCCGCUCUUGGCGGCAUUCCUCAACCGCGCCGACGUCCGCCGCGCGAUGAACUGGUCCGACAAAGCAUCGACCGACGUCCGAUUUACCCAUACGUUUGAAGAAUGCAAUGCCCACGUGAACAGGAACCUCGCGGGCGAAGACGCCGUGAGUACCGUCAGCGACAUCCAAGCCAUGCUGGCGGGUGGCGUCCGCGUGCUGCUGUACAAUGGGCAGUGGGACUUGAUAUGCAACGCGCUCAACACGGAGCACGUCGUCCAGCAACUCGAAUGGCCCGGGCAGGCCGCGUUUACAGCGGCGCGGCGGUUUACAUGGCGCCUCCAGCGGCACGCGUUGGACGAAGGCGGGCCGCCCGCCGGCUUUGUCCAGACUGGCGGCAAUCUCACGACCAUCGUCGUCCGGGAUGCCGGGCAUAUGGUCCCGUUCAACGCCCCCGAGGCCGCGCUCGACAUGGUUCGCCGGUUCAUUCACGACCGGUCGUUCCAAGACAUUGUCCAGGCGGCAACGCCCAUUGCCGGGGGACACGCCACGACCGACGACGACCGAUGCGGCGGGCCAUCCACUCGUCCCCUGUCGUUCAGCACGACGACGUCGACGGCGCACAUGGCCGUGGUCGCCGCGACGAGCGCCGUGCUGUCGGCGGUGCUCUCGUGGUUGUGUCUGCGUCCACCACGGGCGGCAAAGCCCCGCGGCAGCAGCGCCCGAUCCACCGAGAGCGACGACGCCGCCGCGCUCCUCGAUCUGGUCGAGGCCGACGCGGCGGCGCGCCAGCAGCGGCGCGAGAUGCCAGUGUAA